AUGCCGAGAGGAUUUUUGGUGAAAAGGAACAAGAAAACCAACCCGGUGUCCUACCGGGUUCGCUCCGACGAGGAGGAAACGGAACAAACAGCGGCUGAUGCGCCGCCGCUGCCGUCCUCCACCGCGCCUCGCGUCUCCGUCCCGGUGCGCGCACAGACGCCGACGCCCACCUGCGGGGCGGCGGCCACGGCUCCGGAGCAUGAUGCCAAACCGGUGCAAUUCGGAAACCCGGAGGCGGUAUACCAAGCACUCUACAGCCCCACCCGCCCCGUCAGCCAGGACCACGACCGCUCCUACUUCGAGAGACGCUUCAACCUCGGAUCACCGGUUUCCGCGGAGUCCUUCCCAACACCAGCAGCGCUCACCGCUUUGGACCACCUUUUCGCCCCAGUGGACCUGAAAAUCGGCUCCAGCAACAGCAGCCGCACAGACACCAGCGCCACAUCCACCGGGACUCUCCCCACCGCCGGGACCAAACGGACGUCCAGCGACACCGAGCGCAAAAGCAAACCGCCGUCCAAGAAAACCAAAGCUAUCCGGAAACUGCACUUUGAGGAUGAUGUCACCACAUCUCCGGUUCUCGGGCUCAAGAUUAAAGAGGCGCCGGUUGACCAGAAGCCUCCAAGACCACAGCCGUCCGGAGGUGACAACGUCCCCAUGGGCGAGUUCGUGUGCCAGCUGUGCCGGGAGGCGUACGCAGACCCGUUCGCUCUGGCGCAGCACAAGUGCUCCAGGAUAGUCCGGGUUGAGUACAGGUGUCCCGAGUGUGACAAGGUGUUCAGCUGCCCGGCUAACCUCGCCUCCCACCGGCGGUGGCACAAACCGAAGCCUCAGAGCGGAGCACACGGUGUGCACAAUUUGGAGAGCGACAAGGCGUCCGCGUCCGGUAAGACAGCGGAUGAAGUGAAGGAUUCUAGUGACAGGGACACACCCAGCCCAGGACCGUCCGAGUCCGGCUCAGAGGAAGGGCUGUAUGAUUGUAAUCACUGUGGGAAAAAGUUUAAGCGCCAGGCAUACCUGAGGAAGCACCUGGCGUCUCAGCACGGCUCCCCGAAACCGUCGGAGGACGAGGAUGCGCCGGCCUGCGAGCAGAGCGCGGCGCCGCUGAACCUGAGCUCCUCCACCUGCCACCUGUGUCCGGUCUGCGGGGAGAACUUUUCCAACAGGGGCAGCCAGGAGCGGCACAUCCGCCUGCUACACUCCUCACAGGUGUACCCGUGCAAAUACUGCCCCGCCAUCUUUUACAGCUCCCCGGGACUCACCAGACACAUCAACAAAUGCCACCCGUCCGAGAACCGACAGGUGAUCCUGCUGCAGAUGCCGCUCCGCCCCGCCUGCUGAUCCGGAACUUUUGGGCCGCUUUCAUACUCUCAGAUAACAAGACAGCAAAGUCCAGCCUUGUUUCUCGGAGGAUUUUAGGGUUACACAGCAAA